CGCAGACACGCGCAAUGAUAGCCGGAAGCAUCGAUGGGAGGAAAAUAAAAAUCGAUUAAAUCCACUGUUAUUCGCGAGUGUAAACCUCUCACUUGCUGGUCUUUUUGCCACCACGGGCUCGAAUUCCUUAGUCUUUGACACUGCUGCCGUGCCGGAGGGGACGGUAGGGAACAGAAAAGCUGCUCUGUGUGGACGAAGUUGCUCGGUAGGGGUUUAGCUGACGUGUGGAGAAGUUGAGACUGCUAGAGAGCAGAUAAACAAACAUAAACAAGCAGGGAUCAGCUGAGCGUCGGUCCGAACCGAACCGGGAGAUCGGGGAGAUGGCAGGGGAAGCGAAAUUCCUCGUUUGAGCCCAAGAAUUCUCCACUGGGGACCGUGACUCACACUGAUAUUCGCUCCAUGUCAAUUGUCAACACUGGCACACAAAGAAUUUCGGAAACACAACACGAGGACCAGCCAUAGGCUUUAGCAGAGAAUCCUGUCUCUUAGUCAAGAAAUAGCAAGGUUAGCAUGGACAGCCUAUGACUUUCCCUUGCAGGUUUCAGCCGUAACGAACCCAACACAUAUUACAGAGCAAGGAAACGGAGAUCUGUGGCCACUGGUGUCACAAGUGGAGUUAACAUGGCCCACCAGGCAACCCCCAGUUCCCAGAAGGCCCUGAUGAUGGAGCUGAAGUCUCUGCAGGAGCAGCCGGUGGAAGGCUUCCGCAUCACCCUGGUGGAGGAGUCUGACCUCUACAAUUGGGAAGUGGCCAUCUUCGGGCCCCCAAACACUCUGUAUGAAGGGGGCUACUUUAAGGCUCACAUCAAGUUUCCAGUUGACUACCCGUACUCCCCGCCUACAUUUCGCUUCCUCACCAAGAUGUGGCACCCUAACAUAUAUGAGAAUGGAGAUGUUUGCAUUUCAAUCUUGCACCCUCCUGUGGAUGACCCACAGAGUGGGGAGCUGCCAUCUGAGAGGUGGAACCCCACUCAGAAUGUCAGAACCAUCCUUCUUAGUGUGAUCUCCCUGCUCAACGAGCCCAACACCUUCUCCCCGGCCAACGUGGACGCCUCUGUCAUGUUCCGGAAAUGGAGGGACAGCAAAGGCAAGGACAAGGAGUAUGCAGAGAUCAUCAGGAAGCAGGUGAUGUCCACGGCGGCGGAGGCCGAGCGGGACGGCGUCAAGGUGCCCACCACGUUGGCGGAGUACUGCGUCCAGACCAGAGUCCCCUCCCAGGACAGCAGCUCGGACCUGCUCUACGACGACCUCUACGACGAUGACAUGGAGGAGGAGGACGAGGAUGAAGACGAGAGUGAGAUGGAGUCCGUAGGUGAGGCCGGAGGCAUGAGCAGCGUGGAGGACGGCGGGACGUCCACCAGACGUUACGACAACCAGGACGACUCUGGCAAUGAGGACUCGUGAUGAUCUGGAUGAUAACUCUUCCCCACCAGCUCCCCCACCGCCCCC